GUGCUGCUGCUAUUAUGUCUGCUGCUGCCCGCUACCUCCCACACCAUGCCCAGCUUCAUUCAGGCUCCCGAGGACCAGACGGGGGUCUCUGGGGGAGUGGCGUCAUUUGUGUGCCAGGCGUCAGGUGAGCCUAAGCCACGCAUCACCUGGAUGAAGAAGGGCAAGAAAGUGAGCUCCCAGCGCUUUGAGGUGAUAGACUUUGAUGAUGGCUUGGGCUCAGUACUGCGGAUCCAGCCUCUGCGCUCUCACCGUGAUGAAGCAGUGUAUGAAUGUACCAUCGCUAACAGUGUGGGCGGGGCCAAUGCCAGCGCCAGGCUCAUCGUGCUGGAAGAGGAUCAGAUCCCUCACGGAUUUCCCACCAUCGACAUGGGCCCUCAGCUGAAGGUGGUGGAGCGCACACGCACAGCCACACUUCUGUGUGCUGCCAGCGGGGCCCCGGACCCUGAGAUCCAAUGGUACAAAGACUUCCUGCCUGUGGACAUCAGCAGCAGCGAUGGAAGAGUGAAGCAGCUGCGCUCAGGAGCUCUUCAGAUUGAGAACAGUGAGGAGUCUGACCAGGGCAAGUACGAGUGUGUGGCCACCAACAACGUUGGGACCCGCUACUCUGCCCCGGCAAACCUCUAUGUGCGGGUUCGCAGAGUUCCACCACGGUUCUCCAUUCCCCCCUCCCACCACGAGGUGAUGCCUGGGGGCAGCCUUAACCUCACAUGUGUGGCUGUGGGGGCACCCAUGCCUUUUGUUAAGUGGGUGAGUGAGGAAGCGGAGCUCACGCAGCAGGACCAGAUGCCCAUUGGCCGUAAUGUCUUGGAGCUCACAGAUAUUCAGCACUCAGCCAACUACACCUGCAUCGCUACGUCCUCCCUGGGCACCAUCCACACUACGGCCCAGGUCUCUGUCAAAGCUCUGCCCCAGCCUCCUACAGGCCUGACUGUUACAGAGACCACAGCCACCAGUGUGACCCUCAGCUGGGACUCCGGGAACCCCGACCCCAUCCUCUACUAUGUGAUCCAGUACAAGGCCCGCGGCUCAGAGGGCUUCCAGGAGGUGGAGGGAGUGGCCAGCACCAGAUAUAGCAUUGGGGGUCUCAGCCCCUUCUCGGAGUAUGACUUCCGGGUGAUGGCUGUCAACAGUGUGGGCCGGGGGCCUCUGGGGGCCACUGUCAGCACACGCACCAGUGAACAAGUGCCCUCCUCACCCCCUCUGCGUGUUCUGGCCCGUAUGCUCAGCUCCACUACCAUGUUAGUGCAAUGGGAGCCUCCAGAAGAGCCCAAUGGCCAGAUCCAGGGAUACAGAGUACUGUUCAGCCCAGAGGAGGAUGCUCCACUCAGGGCAUGGCAGUCUGUCACUACAAACGCAGAGCUGCAGACCAUCUUGUCAGAACUGACUCCACAGCUCACCUACAGUCUCAGGGUCUUGGCCUUCACCACAGUGGGAGAUGGACCCCUGUCAGACACCUUGCGGAUCAAAGCCCAACAAGGAGUACCCUCUCUGCCGGUGGACUUCCAGGGUGAGGCAGAGCUGGAUUCACAGGUCAUGCUGUCCUGGAUGUGGCCAGUCCAAGAUCAAGUAAUCAGCUACGAACUGCAGUACUGGGAAGCUAUUACUCCUGCACGCAAGCGACGGGUUGAAUUGGAGCCGGUAGGGAGUUAUGCAGUGGAGGGUCUGAAGCCUGACACUCUGUACUGCUUCUCGCUGGCAGCGCGCUCACACAUGGGUCUGGGACUGUUCACUCUGCCCAUAGAGGUCCGGACGGCCCGCUCCAUGCCUGCAGCCCCUCCCAGGAAAGUAGAAGUUCAACCUCUGAAUUCGACAGCCCUCAGAGUGACCUGGAACCCCCCUAUAUACCUCACACAGCAUGGGCAGAUCAGAGGGUAUCAGCUGAUUUAUGCACAGCUCGAUCAUGAAGACCAGCACAUUGGACAAGCCAUCGUCUUGGAUGUGUCAGAAGCACAGGAGGCCAUAAUUACAGGGUUACAGGCGCAGAGCACAUACUCUGUAACUGUAGCAGCAUACACCACUGAGGGACAAGGAGCUCCCAGUAUGGCCCGCCUGGCCACAACCAUGGAAGCAGUGCCAGGCCGCCCGACCAUGAUUAGCACUACUAUUAGCAACACCGCUCUGAUCCAGUGGCAGCCACCCCAAAAGAUGGUGGGGGAGCUCAUGGGUUAUCAGCUACAAUACAAACGUAAAGAGGAGAAUGCCUUCACCAUUAGAGACUUUAAACCAACGGAUGACCACUUCACUGUCACUGGCCUCCACAAGGGAGCCACCUACAUCUUCAAACUCUGCAUCAAGAACCAAGCUGGCUAUGGGGAGGAGUACGUGAAGGAGAUCAGCAUCCCGGAGGAUGUCCCAGGCAGUUACCCUCAAAACCUCACAGUUGUUGGACUGUCCUCUACCAGCACAGAACUGUCAUGGGACCCCCCUCCACUGGCCCAGAGGAAUGGGCGGAUUGUCCAGUAUGUGGUGGUAUACCGCGACAUAAACAGCCAGAGCAACAGCAGCCUGAGCACCAGUUCCACCCGCAUGAGUCUGAACGAUUUGCAGCCCGAUACCACAUAUGACAUUCGGGUCCAGGCCUUCACUAGCAGAGGGGGGGGUCCCCUGACUCCCAGCAUCCAGAGUCGCACUUUGACCACCUCCAUGCCAGCAUUUAUUAAGAACUUUGCAGCGAGGAGGGUCACCACAAGCUCAGUGCUUCUCAAAUGGGAAGUGUCAGAGAACUACAAAUCCCAAGUGCCUCUGAAGAUCCAGUAUGGCGCCCAGGGUAUGGAUGUGCCGGCGCAGCACCAGAGGGUGUGCAUUGGGGGCCUUCAGGCAGAUACGGAGUACACCUUUGUGCUCAGCAGCCUAGAGCUCCAGCAGCAAGUGUCUGUCCGCACGGCACCUCUCCUGUUCACUACAGCUCCAGUGCUACAUCCCCAGGGCCCAAAGCAGAGGGGCACACUGGCCCUCAGCCUGCCCCACCCACAAGGGACUGUGAGAUGGUUCUACAUUGUGGUAGUCCCUGUCCCAGAAGCCCAUGUGGACCAGUGGACAAGCCCUGAUGCUGUGGAUCUGGAUGAGCUCUUGGAGCGGAGCCGGGACCAGAGCCAGGACCAGAGCCUGGACCAAAAAUGGGAGAAGAACCAGGAGCAGUCUGGAGUGUACGUGGCGGCUCGUCUGGAUGCUCUGCCUGCAGUCUUCACUCUGGGGGACGGGAAUGUCUACAGCAGCUUCUACAACCACCCCCUGAGAGCACAGCAACUGUACCGGUGCUUUGUGUUGGCGGAGCUGGAGGAGUUGCAGUGUAAGACCCUGUCGGCCAGCCCCUUCUCUGAGCUGCUCACCCAGGAGGAGAGCCCGGGGGAGGACAUCCCGGGUGAGGUGGCUCUCUUUCCAGAUGAGGCCCACAUGCUGUGGGUCAUGGGGCCAGUGUUUUCAGUCAUCCUCAUCAUUUUCACAGUCAUCACCAUAUUGGUCUUCAAAAGAAAGAGGACAUGUCCCUCACUGAAGGAGGAACCCCUCGGCCAACUCAACAAGUCUGUGCAGGCCCCCUAUUCUGAUCCUGUGGAGAUGAGGAGAGUGCACUACCCUACACCAGGGAUAGUAGAGCACCCUCCAGUUCCUCUGUGUGACUUGGCGGAACACAUCAAACGACUCAAGGCCAAUGACAACCUGCUGUUCUCCCAGGAGUUUGAAUCUAUUGAUCCAGGACAGGAUUUCACCUGGCAGCACUCCAACCUGGAGGUCAACAAGCCUAAGAAUCGCUACGCCAAUGUGAUCGCCUACGACCACACUAGGGUGGUUCUCAGCAGUGUGGAUGGGGUCCUGGGCAGUGACUACAUCAAUGCUAACUACAUUGAUGGCUACAGGAAGCAGAAUGCAUACAUUGCCACUCAGGGGCCACUGCUGGGGACGCUGGGGGACUUCUGGAGGAUGGUGUGGGAACAGAAUGUUUGUACUAUCGUCAUGAUGACACGCCUGGAAGAGAACUCUCGAAUAAAGUGUGAGCAGUACUGGCCGAGCCGUGGCACAGAGACCUACGGUAUCAUGCAAGUGAGCACCGUGGACACAGUGGAGCUGGCCACCUACAGUCUGCGCACUUUUACCCUCCACAAGAAUGGCUGCAGUAUGAAAAGAGAAGUACGGCAGUUCCAGUUUGUGGCCUGGCCUGACCAUGGUGUGCCCGAAUAUCCCACUCACAUGCUGGGUUUCCUGUGCAAGGUCCGAGCCUGGAGGCCCCCGGAUGGUGGGCCCAUUGUGGUGCACUGCAGUGCUGGAGUGGGCCGGACUGGAUGCUUCAUUGCUAUAGACGCCAUGUUGGAGAGGAUGAAGCACCAGCAGUCUGUGGACAUAUAUGGUCACGUGACAUGUAUGCGCGCACAGAGAAACUACAUGAUCCAGACUGAGGAGCAGUAUGUUUUCAUUCAUAACACUGCACUGGAUGCUGCCAUCUGUGGUCACACAGAAGUGGCAGCCCACUGCCUUCACACGCACGUGCACCAGCUGAGCCAGCCAGCACGAGGACACACCUGCAGCCCCAUGCAGCUGGAGUUCAAGAAGCUGUCCAGCUGUGCAGUAACCCCCUCCACAUGUAUCACUGCCAGUUUGCUGUGCAACAAAUCCAAAAACCGUCUGCUAACCAUCCUGCCGUUUGAGCCUAGCCGCGUGAGUCUGCAGCCCCUCAGAGGAAUGCAAGGCUCAGACUACAUCAACGCCAGCUUCAUUGAUGGAUACAGACAGCAGAGGGCGUACAUCGCUACACAGGGCCCUCUAGCUGACACUACAGAGGACUUCUGGAGGAUGCUGUGGGAACACAACUCCACCAUUGUGGUUAUGCUCACCAGACUGAGCGAGAUGGGACGGGAGAAGUGCCACCAGUACUGGCCUACCAAAACAUCUGCCCGAUCCCAGUACUUUCUGUUGGAGCUGAUGGCUGAGUACAACAUGCCCCAGUACAUCCUACGGGAGUUCAAGGUCACAGACACCCGGAAUGUCGAGUCCAGAACCAUAAGGCAAUUCCACUUCACAGGCUGGCCAGAACAAGGAGUCCCCAAAACAGCAGAAGACUUUAUUGAUUUCAUUGGACAAGUUCACAAGACUAAGGAGCAGUUUGGCCAAGAUGGACCUAUCACUGUACACUGCAGUGCUGGAGUAGGUCGGACCGGUGUAUUCGUGGCUCUAAGCAUCGUCCUGGAGCGGCUGAGGUAUGAGGCGGUGGUGGACGUGUUCCAGACCGUUAAAGUACUCCGCACCCAGAGGCCAGACAUGGUGCAGACUGAGGAGCAAUACCAGUUUUGUUACCGUGCAGCGCUGGAGUAUGUGGGCACGUUUGAUCACUGCGCAACAUGGUCUCACUGAGGGCAUCUCAGAGGUGUAUGGGUAAUCCAUAUACCAAACCAGAUGGGCCAAACUAUAGUACGUCAACUGCAGACGGAACAAAGCCAAACCACAGACUGA